GGAUUCAUUGUCAGCAGAGUUUUUAUUUUAUAAUUAUUCUUCCUUUGUAUGUAUGCUUAAAAAGUAAAUAAUAAUAAUAAUAAAUGUUUUAGUUAAAAUAUACCAGAUUCACCCGAUUUUUGCUGUCACUCUUUUUCUUGCCAACCAGGGUUCUGCUGAAUCUCAUCUUCUAUCCCAUCAGGAUCCUCAUUUUCUUCAAGCAUGGCAGCCGACGACAUAUACACGAAUGAUGGGACCGUUGAUUGUCACAAGAAGCCCGCUAUUAAGAAGGAAACUGGAAAUUGGAGAGCUUGCAAAUUUGUCCUUGGAACUGAGUGCUGCGAGAGAUUGGCAUACUAUGGAAUGAGUACCAAUCUCGUUAACUAUCUACAGGAGCGUUUUAACGAAGAUAAUGUCACUGCGUCGAAUAAUGUUACAAAUUGGUCUGGUACAUGCUAUAUCACACCACUGAUAGGUGCCUUUCUAGCUGAUGCAUUCAUGGGAAGAUACUGGACAAUUGCAAUUUUCUCAAUUAUCUAUAUUCUUGGAAUGACACUCUUAACAUUAUCGGCAUCUGUCAGUGGCCUUAAGCCGGUAUGUGAUGAAAAUGGUAGUUGCCAUGCAACAUCAGCUCAAUCCGCAGUCUGCUUUCUAGCACUGUACAUGGUUGCUCUUGGAACGGGUGGCAUCAAACCAUGCGUAUCAUCCUUUGGUGCAGAUCAAUUUGAUGAAACUGAUGAGAAAGAGAAAAAGAAAAAGAUUUCUUUUUUCAACUGGUUCUACUUUUCAAUUAACGUUGGUUCACUUGUUGCCUCUUCAGUUUUAGUCUGGAUACAAAUGAAUGUAGGUUGGGGAUGGGGACUGGGCAUCCCUGCAGUUUCCAUGGCCAUUGCUAUUGCAUUUUUCUUUGCAGGCAGUCAUUUAUAUCGGUUCCAAAGACCUGGAGGGAGUCCCUUAACUCGGAUUGCCCAGGUGCUGGUUGCAUCUGUGAGAAAAUCUCAUGUUAAAGUUCCUGAUGACAAGACUCUUCUCUAUGAGAUAACAGACAAGGAAUCAAAUAUUCAAGGAAGUCGCAAGCUCGAGCACACAGGAAAGUUCAAGUAUCUUGAUAAGGCUGCUGUGCAAACUGAAUCCGACUAUGCAAAGGAUGCUGUGAAUCCAUGGAGACUCUGCACCGUUACUCAAGUGGAGGAGCUGAAGGGUGUUAUCAAUUUGCUACCUGUAUGGGCAUCUGGGAUAAUUUUCUCGACUGUAUAUGGUCAGAUGGGCACCAUGUUCAUUCUUCAAGGAAACACGCUUGACCAACACAUUGGCCCGAACUUCAAAAUCCCAUCAGCAUCCCUCUCCCUGUUUGAUACUCUAAGCGUCCUAUUCUGGGCACCUGUUUAUGGCAGCUACAUAAUUCCCAUUGCAAGGAAAUUCACAGGCCAUGAACAAGGUUUUACUCAGCUCCAAAGAAUGGGCAUCGGUCUCGUCAUAUCUACCAUUGCCAUGCUUGUUGCAGGGGCUUUAGAAGUCGCUCGGCUUGACUAUGUUAGGCGGAAUAAUCUUUAUGACCUUGAGGUUAUUUCCAUGUCAAUCUUCUGGCAAGUUCCGCAGUACUUUCUUGUUGGUUGUGCAGAAGUGUUCACUUUCAUUGGACAGAUAGAGUUCUUCUAUGAUCAGGCACCUGACGCGAUGAGAAGCUUGUGCUCAGCACUUUCUCUUACAACCAUGGCGGUCGGUAGUUACUUAAGCACCCUUCUUGUCAAUAUCGUAACUGCAGUGACAACUAAAGAUGGAAAGCUUGGUUGGAUUCCAGAAAACUUGAAUAAAGGCCAUCUCGACUAUUUCUUCUGGCUCUUGGCAAUCCUUAGCUUCUUAAACUUUCUUGUGUAUCUAUGGAUCGCAAGGUGGUAUACAUACAAAAAGGCUGCCGUGGAUCCUUGAGAGAUCAACUAGCAAGUCUGGCAAUCCUAAUGUUUAAUCUGCUAUCUUCAUACAAAUUGUUUCUUAAGAUGAUGUGAAUGAUAUAUUAAUUUGGGUACAAUUGUUUGGAUUUUCAGAUAUCUGCAUAUUAAGUUUAGGCUGUCUAGUAAUUAAGCUUCUG